GAUCCAGGAGCCCAGAGGCCUACUUACAUCCCAUCAGAGGUAUCCGGAGUUAGCUCAUCUCUCAAGAUGGCGACUGGUGGUAGCAGCAGCCCCAAGCCAGAAGUCGUCGUUGGGGGGAAAUAUAAACUGGUACGAAAGAUCGGGGCUGGGUCUUUUGGGGAUGUAUAUCUGGCGCUUAACUUAAGCAAUGGCGAGGGAGUGGCAGUAAAGGUAGAAUCUCAGAGGGCCACUCAUGCCCAGUUGCUGUACGAGAGCAAACUCUAUAAGAUACUUCGUGGUGGCACUGGCAUCCCUCGCAUAUGGUGGUACGGUCAGGAAAAAGAUUACAAUGUGCUGGUCAUGGAUCUUCUUGGACCUAGCCUUGAAGACCUCUUCAAUUUUUGUUCAAGAAGUUUCACCAUGAAAACUAUACUUAUGUUAGCUGACCAGAUGAUCAGUAGACUUGAAUAUGUCCACUCAAAGAAUUUUAUUCACAGAGACAUUAAGCCCAAUAACUUUGUAAUGGGUACUGGACGUUAUUGUAAUACAGUAUUCCUUAUUGAUUUUGGUUUGGCCAAAAGAUACAGAGACAAAAAAACAAGGCAACACAUACCAUACAAAGAAGAAAAAAGUCUCACUGGCACUAUCCAUUAUGCUAGCCUCAAUGCACAUCUUGGUAUUGAACAGAGUCGCAGAGAUGACCUUGAGUCAUUAGGGUAUGUUUUGAUGUACUUUAAUAGAAAUACCCUGCCGUGGCAAGGAGUCAAGGCUGCCACAAAGAAACAAAAAUAUGAAAAGGUUAGUGAGAGAAAGAUGUCCAUCUCUGUUGAUCAGUUAUGCAGUGGGUUUCCUGAAGAAUUUGCUGUGUACUUAAACUAUUGUCGUGGGCUUGGCUUUGAGGAAACUCCAGAUUACAGAUAUCUGAGGCAGCUAUUUCUCAAUCUUUUACGUACCCUGAAACAACAAGGUGACAGCAGAUUUGACUGGACAGUUUUAAAGCAGAGAGCAACACAGCAGGCAGCCCUUUUAAGUAGUCAGGCUCAGCCUGCCCAAACUACCAGUGGUGUCCAAGCACAUAAGCAGUAAAAGUUUUAGGAACAGCAUUUGUUUCUCCUGAAACUUAGAACUUUGAAUUCAUAUGCACACUAGCCAGUGGUUGUGGACAACUGUUUACUUGAUGUAAAGAAUUUAACUUCAAAAUAAACUACCUCUGAUCAACAUUGGUGAUGUGUUCUGAGUUGUACCCUCUGUAAUUGUGAAUAUUAACUGAGAAAGCGAAACAUGGUGUCCAGUUUACUAUCGUAUUUUUUUUCAAGUAGAAAAGCUAAGGAAAUGGUUGACAUGCACAGA